AUGAUGGAGAAGUACUUGGAAAUAAGGACGAAGCAGGUGGUGGAUGAGAGGAAUAAGCCAAGGGUCGUGGGUGAGUACUCUAUCAAAAACUGCGUUGAUCUGCUGAAAACAAUGGACAUCACACCUGAAGAAGAAGUCAAGGCUUUCCGAGUCUUCAAGAUCCCCGAGAACCGAGAGAUUUUCAUCAGUGCCAGACCAGAGACUGCUCUUAUGUGGCUGAGAGCUAAAAUGGAAUAA